AUGGCAUGGGAUGUAUUUCAAAAGAUUAAUCGUAUAUUAAAAUUUAAAUCAUGUCGCAUGAUUAUUAUGUUAGUAUUAACUGUAUUUAUUGCUUUGGCAGAAAUAAUAUUUGGUAUUCGUGUACAUUCUCAAUUAUUAAUUGCUGAUGGUUUAUUUUCAUUUGCUGAAGGUAUAGCACUUGCAGGAGCUCUUUUAGCGUUAAGAUUUGCACAAGAAGAACGUAAAUUACACCGAAAUACAUUUGGAUGGGCUCGUCUAGAAUUAUUAGCUGGUUUAUUACAAGAAGUACUAUUAUUGUCUCUGUCGCUAAGUAUAAUUGUUGAUGCUAUUAAUAAAAUAAUAAAUCCAGGACAUGUUGAACAACCACUUGUAAUGAUUGUAUUAGGAUCAGUUGGCGCGGCUAUUGGCAUUCUAGGAAUGCUAAUGUUCAGAGGCUACCAUCAUGAUCACAAUAUUGAAUACGAAAUUGUUGAAAAACGAAAAGAUGAUUUUGUUAGAUCUGUUCAUGAUACAUUGCAACAUGAAAUUGUCGAAAAUUAUUUUAAUUCAAAUGAUUUUGGUAACAUUAAACUUAUGGAGAAAUCGAUGAUACCACAAUUAAUUGUACGCGAAUCAAUAGCAGAAGAACAGUCACUAAUAAAUAAACAAGAAGAUCCAUAUUCAUUGAAUUUAACUGAUGAAGGUGAAAAACAACAACUAAAAAUAGAAUUGUUCGAAAAUAUUGACAAUAAUAAUCCACUGAAACUUCCAAAUAUAUAUACACGUUCAAAUAGCAGAGCGUCAACGUACACGUAUCAACCUGAUUGUUUAGACGAUAGUCUAUUUGAAAAAUCAAGAAUAUACGCUACGUUACAUGCAUUAUGUCUACAUUCAUUUGCCGUUCUAUUAGAAUCAUUGAUUGUUUUACUAUCUGGUUUACUUAAUUUAUUUUUUUCAAGUAAAGAUGAAAAUAAGAAUGAUAUUAACAUUUGGUUAAAAUACGUCGAUCCCUCUUUAACAUUAGUCAUGGUUAUCGUAAUUGCUAUCAAAGCGGUGCCCGUUGUAUGGUCACUAGGUCACAUUUUAAUCGAAUCGGUACCGGCCGGCAUAAAAACAGAACAAUUGAUGCAAUCAAUUUUGAAGGAUAUACCACAAAUAAGAGCUGUUCAUAAUUUUCACGUUUGGAGAGCAACUGCCAAAGAUGUAUUUGCAACAAUACAUCUAGUCUGUGAUGAAGAUGUACUACUGAGUACUCAAACAGAAAUAUUUGGACGUCAAUUAAAAUCUAUUUUUGAAAUACAUUGUAUUCGACAUUUUACAUUUCAGUUUGAAUACAAUUCGAAUGAUAUAAAUCGAUGUGUGUAUGGUAUGAGAAAACGUAAAGGACAUUAUUUAACAACAGAAAGAAAACUAGAUAUUGAGAAAAGUACACAAAAUCUGACAAGUUGUCUAUCGACAUGUGAUAGUACACAAAUGUCAAAUGAGAGAAUGAUUAUGAAUACCAAACGGUAG